GCAGCGCGUAAUACCCGUUCUAGAAUUAAAUCGAAUAUAUAUUCGAUCGUGUUUUGAUAAAACAAGUACUAAGUUAUAAUAAAAUCAAUCAUAAUUUGGAUGUGAUAAGGUUGAAAAUAAGUGAUUAUAAUUAUUGUUACUUGUGCUAUUUAUUUAUUUAUAUGUGUUGUUUAUUUUCAAAAUGUGCUUUUAGAAAUUAUUUCUGUGUUUAUGUGAUUUCUUAAUAAUGCGGCGUCUUUUGAGGGAGAUGUAAAAUAAAUCAGUCUGCAAGCGCUAUGUGAAGCUAUCAUCAUGCUGUUGAACAUAUGCAAAUCAUGCCAGUACUGCCUGGAAAGUAUGUACUGGUCAUGUUGUGAAGAGAGAUUUUGCUUCGAUAAGAAAAUCGCUGCCUAUAAUUUGGAAGAUGAUAAGACUUACAUGAACGGCUACUCGAAUAUGGGAGCCAGUUUCGACAGUGUGGUCACGCAACAGCCGAUGAACAAUAACCAUCUGCCGCAGGGUGCGAUCAUUGGCAGAGAGAUCAACGAACUACCACUACAUGCCGAUAAGCUUUAUGAGGUUUUCUCCAAAUCCUUGAUAUUUAGAGAUGAACAUGAAUUAAAAAAAGGCAGCGCGAACUCUUUAGACGAUUUAGAAACGAAAUCUGAACCGGAUUACUUAUCAGACAAACCAAACAGAACGAAAGUUUACUUCGAAGACGAAGUCGACUCCCCAGUAACAGAUUUCGAAAUAAUGUUCAAAGAUGAACUUCUUAUGAAUCACGAUAUGUUUAAAAUAGAGGAAGAGGAAGAAGACAACAAAUCUCAGGAUACUGAAGAAGGAUUAGUUAUGAAUGUAGCUGUUAAGAAGCAAGAUGUAAUUAAACCGAGCACAGUAACAAUUAAAAACGAACAUAAAAUAACAACACAGCAUCCUAUAUAUGAGUAUGAUCCUAUUUCCGCCGUACUUACGCCUUCUUCACUCACAUUACCAAGAGUUGAAAGCGUGAAAGGAAUUCUACGAACAAAUAGUUCGAAAACGUUAGAUAGAAUGGAUAGUGGAGGUAAACUAACAAGACCAAUUCUUAACAGGGUCGAAAGUCUUAAAAAUAUAGAUCCGAUUAAAAUUAACAAGGUCUUGGCAAGAGUACCACACCGGAGCGCAUCGUUCUUGAAUAUACCAGCUCAUUUAGUUCCUGAUAAGCCUCCACUGACUAAAAGCAAAUCAACUGUUGGAGUGCCAUCCUUAGCAGAUAGCGAACUUAAAUUGAGUUCCCUACCAGACACGCCUAUUAUUAAAAGUAAUAAUUUACCAAGAUUCUUUGCUGAUAGUCCUUCUUUGACCGAAUAUAAAGGCGAAACAAGCUUGCAAAGUAUCAAACAAAAGACGGCGUUAAUGUUACAAAUGAACGACUUCAGCAUGCCCAGAUAUUAUGGAACUGCAACGAAGCCUUCAGAACAAUUACCAGUACAUGAAAGCAAAUCCAUGCCCGAUUUGAGAAAUCCUACUUCAACGGGAAAAGUUAGUAAGCGCCUUGUUAAAUUUAGGAGCAGAUUAAAGCCGUUAGUUAUAAGAAAAAGUUCAGAGGAAAGACUAUAAAAGUUGGAAUAAUUAAUUUAUUUAGUUGAUGGUAAUAUUGUUUCCUGGUAUGGAAAAGGCGACCAAUGAUAGAUUUUAAGAUUAUAGGUAUGUGUAUGGUACUUUCAAAUACGACGUUUUUUUGAUAAUGACUUCUCAUAUGUUACGUAAAUUAUCUAUGACAUACUUAAAGAAACUUGACUUUUAUGAACAAUGCUUUAAGGGUCAAAAUAGAAUGACAUUCGACUUGACAUUAUUGACGAUUAAAAUGUUUUUUGAUAAAAUGUUUCGUAUUUAAAGUACAAUAUCUGUAUAUCAUUUAAAUGUGUAUUUAUUUAAUUGUUUUUUGCAAUAUAAACUACGAAAAUAAUCCAUUUUAUUGUGUAAAUGAAAAAUCGUAUAAAAAUUCAGUAUUCUUUUGCUCAAACGUUGUACCUAAAUGUUGUGAUUUUAAUCAAAUAAAUGUACUUAAUAAUUGAACAAUAAUUUAUCUCUAGUCACAAAUUAAUAUUAAUUUAAAUAUAAGGUGACUGUUUACUUUUAAUAAAUAAAAAUUUACUUAUAAAUCAUUAAAACUAGAGUUAUUCUGUAUUAAAUCACUUCAUUACUCAUUCGUGAAAUGUUGACAACUGACUUUUGGACUAUUUCGAUGCGUGUUUUGUUAUUCUAUAUACUUUUUGACAAUUCACGGCCCUUUUUUGCGGUGAGUUUCGUGUUUGUUCAUAAAGAAUAUAGCGACUAUUUCGGUUUAAGUAUUUUUAAUGUAUUGUGAUAUAAUAAAUACAUUGAUCUGUUUGUUAAUAUACAUACAAAUAGGUGAUUA